AUGAAUGCUGAAAAAAAUACACCACUGAUUAUUGCAUCACAAAAUAAUCGACUUGAACUUGUUAAAUAUCUUAUCUCAGUUGGAGCCGAUAAAGAAGCAAAGAAUAAUUAUGGAAAUACUCCACUCAUUUGUGCAUCAUUUAGUGGCAAUCUUGAAGUUGUUAAAUAUCUUAUCUCAGUUGGAGCUGAUAAAGAAGCAGAGGAUAAUUAUGAAAAUACUCCACUUCUUUUUGCAUCAUUAAAUGGCAAUCUUGAAGUCAUUAAAUAUCUUAUCUCUGUUGGUGCUGAUAAAGAAGCAAAAGAUAAAACUGGAGGAACACCACUCAUUUGA